GACGUCGACCAGCGCGCCUGUCGCCCGCCGCGCCCGACGCGCUCGCUCGCGCGCUACCCAUCCAUGGACUACGAUCGACCAAGCGAACUCACACUUUAUUUUAUAACCACUUCCUUAGCACCCUCCGAAACCCUCACUUCAAUCAUCGAACGAAUCCUACGAGCUUAAAAUGACAAUGAAAAGUCACUUACGAGAACUUUUGUCGACUUUCCAAAACUCUUAGUGAUCGUCAUUGCCCGCUAGAAAAACCCGCUUCAAAGUUGUUUUAUUAAUUCAAAAAUGCUUCUCAGAGUAAAAUUAUAUCGGAACCUAUUUAUACACAAGAAACGACUGAAAUUUUCUGAUUGCAACCUUUGAAAAGUUUACACACGGUUUAUGAACUAUUUACACUGUUUUACAAAUAGUUUUGGACUUUACUUUUAUCCUUCGUAAAACUACCCCUAGAACAAUAAGCAACUAUGACCAAAGACAUUAAAUAAACAUAAGUUUAGUGUGUGUUUUAAAUCAUUAAAUAGAAGUGUUGAAAGUUAAACUAUUCAGUGUGUUAUCAAUAGAUUAGUAUAACUGUAAGAUUAUAUAGUGGGUGUGUUAGUGUAAUAUUAAAAGUAAUUUCAUCGUAUCCUACGGUUACUCAUAAUUAAAUUGGUUGAAGAUUCGUUGUACGGAAUUGGCAGACACUACACGAAGAAACCUUCCUACCCCCUACCUAAUAUGGCUCAAGAUCCCUUCCAUAAAACAUUCCUUGAUCGCUCUUCAACUUACAUUGUAGUACGCAAAAGGCAACUUAACAUUUAAAAACAUUCCAAUCGACGUAAACUUUGUAACUUAUUCCUGUGUAAAUCGUGUCCCAACUACUUUACUCUCUGUAAAGUACUGAACAAAGUUACUUGCCACUAGAUCUUAGUAGUAGCUCAAUCGACGCGCGUAAACCUCUUCGGAGGGCGCGAGGGGCCUGCGCGAUGCGGUCUCGCCAGGGAUGUACGUAAUAUAUCCUGCGGAUGAAGUAGUUUCCCUGACAUACAGCUCGCAAUCGCUGCCUCGGCCACGGCAGCGGCCUACGCUUGACAUUAUCUACGGGCCGCCGCCGCGAGCGCCGUACAGCGCGCUACCCCUGCCCCGCACCCCCACCCUCUCUUGCGACAAAACCCACCUCAAAACGGCGCCUCCGGAGCCUCCAGAGCGCGCGCCGGCAUCGCCGACGCCGUCGCUCGAGCGCCCAAAGCUGCGCGAGCGCACCAAAGCAAAGCUGCUCAAGAAGCUCGGCCGCCAUGAGGAUACUGAAUUCGGCAAAAUUGUUAGGACCCCCGCUCCCGAUGAAUUUGAAUUGCCCGCACCCCUUCCUACUCCUGCGUUCUCCAGAAAGAACAUAUUCGAUCGCGACUUCGAUGCACUGUUCGAAGUCGCGAACUCACCGCAAUUUGGUGCCCAUAUCCGAGUCACUACACCGGAACCGGAUCGCCGAUCAGAUCUCUCGGCUGCACACUUUCCAACACCAACAGCGUCUACGCUGAGCCUUCUUCCACCGCGGCCCCAGUCCGAGCCGAGUUCCUCGCCCGCGACCUCAGCUCGCACGUCCACACCUUCGACACCAACACCACAACGUUCGUCUACUGAAGGUCCACCUAAGUCGAAGAAAGUUAGUUUCUUCCGUAAGCUGAGUAGAGCGAGAGAUCAGUCGGUGCCGCCGCGCCCUACCAUCAUGCAGCAGCAACCGUCUGUUGAGAUGGCUUUGCGAGAACUCACGCACCCGACGCAUAAUGAACAACUUAAGAAUCAACAACAAGUAACCUUCAAACUGGUGAAAACAGUGGCUGACUUUACGACGCAACUGUCGCAACUUUACGAGCAUCACUCCACGGAGCUGCAGGUCCUCGUCGCCAGUUUCCGUAAAAGAAGCAGCGAACUGAGGAAGGAAAGAGCAACAUGUCCAUCAUCACUGUUCCACACUUGGGAAACAUUACUCCAGGAGGUGGAGGCUGACGUCAUAGGAUUUAACAAUGCAGCACAGUCUUUGGAGAGACUGGUUUCCACACCACUCAUAGAACGGACCUUCCACAUGAAAGUCCAGGCUAGAAAGCUAUUCGCACAUCGAGAGGGCUGCGAAGUUAUCCUCGGGAAGGCUGAUGACCAACUAAACAAGAGUCGUCAAGACUACAGAGGGGCUUUCUUGAAUUACUGCAACAACCCGACACCAGCGACAUUAGCCACGUACUAUGAUUCCCACAACACGUACGUGCAACAACUGACAGCCACUAAUGCCAUGUUGGACCAGUACCAUAAACAUACUCUUCCGACGAUACUACAGGAAUUGGAAGAAAUACUGACCGACGUUACUUCGGCGGUGAGCGAAGCGAUCUGUCAAGAAGGAGAAAUUAUUACGGAUAAGAGCAACAACCAGCUUCGCCGCUACGAGUCUCUGUGCGCUCAAGCUCGCGCAGUGUCCAGCACGGCCGACUUAGCACACUUGGCGAGAACCCUGCUCACUGCCACGCCCCCCAUGCGACCACCGAAGAGGGCAUUCCUACCACCAUACCCACCAGACGCUGACGACCCACCCCUGGAUGUUCCCGCGGAAAGCAUGCCUCCUAUUCUACGCGGAGAAAUACUUCUGGACCGGAUGGGCGCACAAGCGCGCGUAAACUACGAACAGCUGAAAAAAGACGCAAUGGACUUAGAAAUGCAAAUUAAACAGCUACAAGAAAGUCUUGAUCAGCUAGGUCGACAUCAAACCAGAGGUAUCGAGAGUAAUCUUUACAACAAAGUAAAUGAAAUACAGGAAGAUAUAUCUGUAAAGAAAUACGACUACAGAGCAACGCAACUACAUCUAGCCGCAGUUAGAGCUCAGAGGGAGCUGUUUGCGGCGAAAGCAGAUAGCGGAGCUGCGGCAGUCGACCGAAAGUUGUCAUCGUCAUCGGCUGGAAGCAUGAAAAAUAAGUGGUUAAAGGCUUUCCGAAGCCUGAAGCCGCCCAGCGCUCCCCCACCCCACGCUGCACCACCAGACAAGAGGAAUGGAGCGGCAAGAGACGCAAUGCGCGCCGGCGGAGACUCCGAGGCACAUAACUUUCAAGAAUACACAUACAAGAAAAUCACGCCUUGCGAUGUUUGCUCACAAGUGCUACGAGGUCACACUCGCCAAGGGCUCCGUUGUCGAUUAUGCAAAUUGAACGUGCACACCGACUGCAUGCCGCAAGUCGGCAGGUGUCAGACCAAAUCUCGACUCCUGCGCCGGCAGAAGAGUACUUCUGAGAUAGAGUCUCACAGAGUAUUGGAAACAGCCUUCGACGAUGAAAAGGAGGAAGUGGAUCAGACCUACCAAGUUCUGAAGCGGGCCAACGAAAUUGGGAAGCCGGGCGGCGGCGGGGAAUCGCGCGGGGGACCUGUAGUACGCGUGUCGGCCCCGGACGAGACGCCGCCCGCGCGCUCACCGGCGCGGCCCUCCGCAGGCCUGGCCGUGGCGCCGCAGCCCGUCUCCUCUAGCUCAGCGCCGCAUUCUCCGAGACGUCAAAAGUUGAACCUUAGGAUGAAGAGCUUGUCGCUGGACUCGCCGGAGUGUGGUGAGCUGAGACGGCGGCCCGGGCGCGACCAGACCUCGCAGGGCAGCCGCGUUCUAUGUAAUUGCAGAGCAGUUUGCAUGAGGCAUGGCUUUAAUAGAAUUAAUAACUACGCGAUUCAUAGUUAUACUCGUUCAUCGCCGUCAUCGCCAGUACACAGCCGAAGGAUGCUUACCGCUCGAGUGGGACGUAUGAGCAGCGUGGAACUACCUGAUGAGCCAGACAAGAGCCUGUCUUCUAACAGCGCCAGCCCGUGCCCUUCGCCAGUCAAGCAGAUGAGCAAACAUCAACGCCUUCUGCCGACAAAUCUGUACGUGGUUCUGUACAACUUCAAGUCACGUCAUGCCGAUGAACUUGACCUUAAGGCGGGCUACAAGGUCACUGUGAUCGACACUUCGGACCCCGACUGGUGGAAGGGCAAAUGUCUUGGAAAAAUUGGAUACUUUCCCUCCAAAUACUGCACUAAGCUUCAAGCUGGAGAAAGGGCUUUGCAAGUCACACAUAAUCUUCAGGUGUCUGAUGGCGACACGGGAAUGAUGCUUCUCCGUGACCAGAUCGUGAUCCAAGUAGGAGAGGAGGUCGACGGCAUGAUGUUGAUUCGCUCCGGCGACAACCGCCAGGCGGUGUGUCCGGUCAAAUUUCUACAGGAAGUGUGACGCUUCAAGCUGCCCAAUUUCGAUUUUAUGAGAAAACGCGGCUCCCUAACUGACGAAACGAUACCAAUACGAUCUAUACCAAAAACAGUUCGAAGUGCUCCAGUAACGCCAUGCGACAGCGAAACGUCUACGUGGUCGGACCGGAAUCGUAGCAAGCACGGCUACGACUUACCCUCAGGAUAUGCUACGAGCUACAGCAACUACGAAAAACCUAGCUAUUCUUACGAUAAAUCGGGCUACGAAGCGAGCUACGAGGCUUCCACUUCUACGGCAUCGGGGUCGCAAAGUAAAGGAAAUUACGAUUCGGGGGUUUACGAGAAGGAUUACGACACGUCGUACGACAAGGCGGGAUACGACGCGUCGUAUAGCAGGGGGGCUUACGAAGGUUCUACAGGGUACGACAAGGGGAAUGAGUCGGGGUACAAGCAGGGCGCGGGCUACGAGGCGGAGGGCGUGUGGUG